GGCAUCGUCGGGCUCCACACCUUCGUCAAGGCCCUGAGCUCCAUGGACGAGAGCGGCGACGGCGUCUACGACGCGGAGGAGCUCCGCUGGGGCCUCCGCGAGUUCGGCAUCUCCGUGAGCGAGGACGACUGCCUCGCGCUCGUGCAGAUGUUCGACGAGGACGGCGGCGGCACGCUCAGCUUGGACGAAUUGAUGGUCGCGAUCCGCGAGGGCGCCAUGCCGCCGAACCGCGUCGCGAUGGUCCGCCGCGUCUUCCACAUGCUCUGCCGCGACGCGGGCCUGCCGUGCGCGGACGGCGUCGAGAUCACGACGGACCGCAUCCGCCAGCGCUUCGACCCCUUCGGGGACGAGCGCGUCGAGCGGGGCGACCCGAACUGGCCGCCCAAGGACGUGACGAACAACUUCUUCGCGGUCCUCGACGACUCGGGCGACGGCCAGGUGUCCGACGCGGAGUUCAUGCGCAUGUACGAGAACAUCUCGCCGGCCGUCGAGGACGACGGCGACUUCAAGCGCAUGCUCGACAAGUUCUGG